AGUCGACUCUUUGAACCGGCUCUUUUGGUGAACGUAGGAAAUGGAUUGACAAAUGUAAAGGAUUGUCUGAGUGAGGAUGAGGAGAAGAAUCAGACGGACAAGGUGUCCGGUGCUCCUGUGGAUAGAGAGAGCUCCAACCUGGAGGAGCGAGUGAGGGAGCUGGAGGAACUGCUCUGUGAGACACAGCGAGUGUGAGAGAAACAACAAGGAUGGUGAGCGAGCAGAGGAGGCUUACAGCAUCCUGCAGUCCCAGUAUGAAGAGACAUUAAUGAUGAGUUAAUAAUGGUCUCUCUGCCUGAAGCUUAGAGGAAAUACAAGCAAGCGAUGAAGACGAAUGCCCAGCUGGAGAAGGAGAAGUCCAAGCUGAUGUCCAGGGUGGACACACUGCAAGGCUCAAUGCAGCAGCUGGGUCACCUUCUGUGUGAGACACGCACAGAGUGUAUUGAGGCAAAGAGGAAAUAUGAAGUAGAGCAGAAAAUCUGCAAAUAUGUGCAGAACAAACUUGACGAGAAGAAGGCAAAGCGUAAGGAGAAGCUCAUGACACUAAGGGAGUCUAACUGCAGUCAAGGAGAAAUAUGAGGAAGCGAUGGUGUACAUAAGCCAAGUGGAAGACGAGAACUCCAGUCUGAGGUCUGAUGUGGAAACUCUACAAGACUCAGUGCAGGAGUUGGACAGAGAGCUCGCUGUGUCCCGGAUAACGUGUAAAGAGAUAACAAGAGAAUGUGAUGGAGCAAAACAGCAGCUGAGGAUCCUGCAGUCCGAGUGCAGUGAGAUGAAGGUACAGUGGAGGUGAUGGAGAAGAAGCUCGCUGAGACAUGCAGGACGUGUGAAGACCUAAGGAGGCUUGCAUUUUGCCAACUGUGAAGGUGCCAGACUGCUCCUGUGAAGGCACAAGCUUCACUGUAUUACCAGGCAAACCAGUGAUUUUGAUUACCAUCAAUGGGCGUUUUGACUUGCAUCAGCCACUAUAUGAAUGUCAAACAUGCCAGCAGCAGUGGACUCCUGAUUCGAAGGACCUCCUUAGGAGUGGAUAUUGGCCAGCCUCUGUCAGCAAUUCAACGCUGUAUACACUGGACCUCCUGAGCUCCUUUCAGGAGCUCAAGGUCAUCGCUCCAGGAUUCUCCAGACAAGCCUUUGCAAAGCUGCUGGAGCAUCGGACUAAGUGUGGAGGAAGAAAUGGACAUAUCAACGGCGAUGCACUGCAGCGGAGCUUUUUGGAGUUUUCCUACGCUUCUUUUGAAGAAGACCAGCUCUGCUGUAGUGCACCUUUCACCUGCCCAGCCUGCACGCCGGAAAUGUUGGCUGUUUCCGCCGAUGGGAACAGAAAGCUAUAUCGCUUUCACCGAAACACAAGCUCUGAUGAUCCUAGUUUUUUUGAAGGGCUCUUUGUGGCUGAAGACAGUGUGGUGUCUACAUUUGUCGACACCAUACAGAAAGCAGUGAGAAAUACACAGGGAAGAGGCGCAUGUGGGGACUCCCAGUGGACAGCAGCGAGGGAGACGUCAAGGAAGGCUUCCAAAUUGGAUGAAGAGGGGAUGGAGGUUGCUGUGUGUCGCCAUGGGUUUCUUCUGAAGGCCCUUAAUAUGUACAGAGGGGAGAUAUUUGCCUACCCCCUGUAUCUUCAAAAGGAGCUUAUGCCAGCCAAGGCAAAAUUCUUUGCUAUGGAUGUGGCUUGCAAAUAUUGGCCAUACUUGGAGAAAGCUGCUCGAGUCCUUCCUGCCCUUCAGGAGCUCAACGAAAUGAAACCCUUCCUCAGCAUAAUGCAUGCUCGAGCCCAUGCUACAAAGUGUGAGAUUAAAUGGAGUGGUAGGAACCAGGAAGGAGCAGGAACAACAGCCGGAGAGGAGGUGGAGCAAGUGAACAGCUACCUGUCACGUUGUGCCCUGACUACCAAAUAUAUGUCCAAAGCAGCACGGGUGGACAUGGUUACUUUGCACGCAGUGGGGUGGAACCACAAAAAAAGUCUCUCUCUACAUCAGGCACUUUCCACAAGAUAUGUGAAGACUUGUCAGAGACUCCAGGAUGAGACUGCAAGGCUAGAUGAACUCAAAACAGAGCUACACUGCACAGAUGAAUUGGUGUCACAGUGGCUCUCUGAUGUGAAGGAAUGGGCAGCUGAUGAGACACCAGAUACAUCUCAUGCCAGUCAAGGCACCACACACAGAGGACUUCAGCAGUCAAUUGAGGGGCUUUACCUUAGUGUGAGGCAGCGGAAGCAAACCCUCUACCGCCAGAAUGACAGCAGCAAGUUUCGCCAUCGCCUUCGAAGGAAGCUGGCAGAAGACAAAAAGCUCCUCCUUCAGGAGAUCCAGAAAUACAAUGGUCUUGUACAAGACUCUGCCACAAACAUAGAUGUAGCUACUGUGGAGCAUUCCCUUAAUGGAGAGAGCAAUGUGUCUCAAAUAUGGCCAUGGGAGGUUCAUGGCAGUGCCAACAUUUCAAUCAAGAAGCAAUUGCAUGACCAAGUGAUGUUGGAGAUGCGACUGCAAGAGGAAAAAAGCAUUUUGGUUCUGGAGAUGGCACAACACUGCACAUGGUUGCAGAGCCUGGCAGUGGUUCUCAAGAACAAGAUGACUGAGGAGGAUGUAGACAAGGGAAAUGAGGGACUUUGCUGUCUCUUAAGAAGACGACUGUCAGAGGUGUCAGAACGGUUGCAAGUUGUCCUCCAACAGUACAAGACUGCUUUAGGUCCUGAGGCCUCUGUCCUUCUACAUGUUGAAGCAGAAGAUCCAAGUGGCUUCAGUAGUCCAGACACCAGUGAGGAUGAAGAGGAAAACACAGUUUAGGUAUUUUAUUUGUUCAUA